UGCCUAAAUUAAUAGUUGUGAGCUUUCCCUUGUUCGUCUUCGUAGGAUGCUAUGGAACCUUUGUGAACACAAAGGUUGGAGAUGACAUUUGUCUAAACUUUUCAACAAUUGGAGAAAACAUUACACAUUAUAUUGUAAGAAAUAAAACAACAUUAUGUUAUCGUUUGUCUGUCAUUGCAUAUCCAAUUCCAAACGGGUGGCUAAACAGAACAUUUAGCUGUAACGCAUCUGGCGAACAGAUGUCUAUUUGUUUUACUGACAUACAGAAGGAAGAUGCUGGGCAGUUCUCUUUGAAGAUUGGCGUUUAUGAUUACAGGGAAAACGUGACUCUCUCGGUUACUGGGGUAGCAACAUUGUCAGUAAUGCCCGCAUCUGAUGUUCUUGUUAACCAGACAGUGACGUUUGAAUGCGUGUACGCAAAUGGUCAAUUGGGAGCUGCCUUCAGUUAUGGACAAAGAAAUUGUAUGUUUGUAUAUAAUUCCUGUAGUGGAUGUCGAUUAUUUACUUCAUUUGAGUGUCCAAACAACCAGACCUACAGGAUAUCAACAACUGUUGAUUCUUCGUGGCAUAAAGUAACCAUGUAUUGUGCCCCGCCCUUUGGAGGCCCCAAAAGCAAUACCAUCACGUUAAAUGUUACAAUACCUGUAUCCACUUUGAUCCUGACCCCGUCUCAAUUAAGAGUCAAUAGGGGUGAGACGAUAACUCUAACCUGUCGAACAGACUACUGUAACCCUCCAGCCAAGAUCACGUGGUAUAAAGCAACUUCUGACGUCACUAGUCAGGCUACGUCCACAGAAGAUAUAAAUCAAGAAGACCUGGUGAGAACGACCUCAGUACUGCGGUUUACUAGCGUGGUAGGAGAUAAUGGUCAACAAGUGCAUUGUAUAGCCAGCAACGCCCAGGGACAUAGUGUAGAAUCCAACAGAUAUACCCUAGACGUGAGAUAUAUUUCAGAUGUAAAAAUCCUACCAGGCAGUUUGUUGAAUGUAUUAGUUGGUCAAAAAUAUGUUUGGAUGUACUGUUAUACCGAGAAUCCAAAAGACCAUGCCGAGUACAGCUGGACUAAGAUAAAUUCUAACAAUUCCUCCAUAGUAUCCACUGGUCAACUUUACGUCAUACAGACCGCUACUAUUGAGGAUGGAGGUAGAUAUACCUGUACAGCUACAAACUCUGUGGGAAACUCUAGCGGUUCUGUUGUUGUUUCGGUACAAUAUACACCAAUUGCGCCGGUAUUGGUACAUGUUGAUUGUAGAACUAGAGAAGCGUACAUUCUAUGGAAGUCAUUCUCAACAUACUAUGCUGAUAACAUACAAGAAGAAACUCUUCAGCUCAGCGAAAGCAAAAAUGUGUUUCUGAAUGCAUCUUAUGAAAAAAUAAAUAGAACAGAUGAUAUAGAAAUAAACACUUAUAAAGUGACGGAACUGAAGCCUGGAUCGGUUUAUGUAUUUAGAUUUUUGACUUCAAACCGCUACGGCAUCGCUCUGUCCAAUAACCAAUCAUGCAUAACAGACACAGAAAGGAUGGAGGACACAAACAAAGGAUGCCGUACAGAGCAGAUAAUUAGAGGAAUACUAGGUGGCGCUGUACUUACCAUCAUGUUAGUAAUUGUUGCCUAUGCUCUAUGCGAAUACAGAAAAGAAAGGAGAAGUGAGGGUUAGUUACCUGCAUUAAUCAGAAUGUUAUUAAUUAAUGAAAAA